CACUUGAAUUUCAAAAGACUGAAAAAAGUUUUUUUGAAAGAUGAGUGGAAGUUGCAGUUCACUUUGGAGGGCAUGGAAAAGUCAGUCAAGAAACAUCACAUUAGCACCUCUGAACCUUCUCUUCCAACAGCUCUAGUCCUGAACAGCAUCUCCUUUAAUACUGAUGGGUCCAUCGGGUACAAAGAAAAGUCCUAUUCCUCUGCUUCUGAAGCCCUAGAUGCUUACAUUGAUGAUUUUCAUUUAAGCUGUGAGCUUCCUGAUAUUAACAACACAAAGGUUAGCCUGGAUCAGAGUCCUCUUAAAUUUCUUGCUAAACUAAACAGUGAUGAGAGUCCCUACACUAAAUCUGCCAGCCAGACAAAGCCGCCUGAUGGAGCAUUGGCUGUGAGGAGACAGAGCAUCCCAGAGGAAUUCAAGGGCUCCACCGUCGUUGAACUGAUGAAGAAGGAAGGCACGACCCUCGGGCUGACAGUAUCAGGAGGAAUUGAUAAGGAUGGCAAGCCAAGAGUAUCUAAUCUGCGGCAAGGAGGAAUUGCUGCUAGAAGUGACCAGCUGGAUGUGGGUGACUACAUCAAAGCUGUCAACGGGAUCAACCUGGCAAAGUUCCGUCACGAUGAGAUCAUCAGCUUGCUGAAGAAUGUCGGGGAAAGAGUGGUUCUUGAAGUUGAAUAUGAGCUGCCUCCUGUCUCUGUUCAAGGAUCCAGUGUUAUCUUCCGUACCGUGGAGGUCACAUUACAUAAAGAAGGCAAUACCUUUGGUUUUGUAAUUCGAGGGGGUGCACAUGAUGAUAGGAAUAAAUCCCGGCCAGUUGUGAUAACAUGCGUUCGUCCUGGAGGGCCCGCUGACAGAGAAGGCACGAUCAAACCUGGUGAUAGGUUGCUCAGUGUGGAUGGAAUUCGGCUCCUGGGAACCACGCAUGCUGAAGCAAUGAGUAUUCUUAAACAAUGUGGACAAGAAGCAACGCUGCUGAUAGAAUAUGAUGUCUCAGUAAUGGAUUCUGUGGCAACAGCAUCCGGACCAUUACUAGUUGAAGUUGCCAAAACUCCUGGUGCCAGCCUUGGGGUUGCCCUAACUACCUCGAUGUGCUGUAACAAACAGGUCAUUGUCAUAGACAAAAUCAAAUCUGCAAGUAUUGCAGACAGAUGUGGCGCACUGCACGUGGGCGACCACAUCUUGUCCAUCGACGGGACCAGCAUGGAGUACUGCACACUGGCCGAGGCCACCCAGUUCCUGGCCAACACCACUGACCAGGUCAAGCUCGAGAUUCUUCCCCAUCAUCAGACCCGCCUGGCUCUAAAGGGACCUGACCAUGUGAAAAUUCAGAGGAGCGACAGGCAACCUACCUGGGAUUCCUGGGCCAGCAACCACUGCAGCCUUCACACCUACCAUCACUUUAACACGUACCACCCAGAUCACUGCAGAGUGCCAGCCCUGCCAGUCCCGAAAGCGCCUCCUCCAAACAGCCCUCCAGCUUUGGUGUCUUCAUCCUUCUCUCCUACCUCCAUGAGUGCAUACAGCCUGAGUUCCCUGAACAUGGGGACUUUACCUCGAAGUCUCUACUCCACUAGCCCACGUGGAACCAUGAUGAGGAGGAGACUGAAAAAGAAAGACUUCAAAAGCUCACUGUCUUUAGCCUCCAGCACGGUGGGCCUGGCCGGGCAGGUUGUUCACACAGAAACCACGGAGGUGGUGCUGACAGCAGACCCUGUCACAGGGUUUGGAAUCCAGCUGCAGGGAAGUGUGUUUGCCACAGAGACUCUCUCUUCACCACCUCUGAUUUCCUAUAUUGAAGCUGACAGCCCUGCUGAGAGAUGUGGGGUACUGCAGAUUGGAGACAGAGUGAUGGCUAUUAAUGGAAUUCCAACUGAAGACAGCACCUUCGAGGAAGCCAAUCAGCUCCUCCGAGACUCUUCAAUCACGAGCAAGGUCACCCUGGAAAUCGAGUUUGAUGUUGCAGAGUCUGUCAUCCCAAGUAGUGGAACAUUUCAUGUAAAACUCCCUAAGAAGCACAACGUGGAACUGGGAAUAACCAUAAGCUCACCAUCCAGUAGAAAACCAGGAGACCCCCUUGUCAUCUCAGAUAUCAAGAAAGGCAGUGUGGCACACAGAACUGGAACUCUGGAACUUGGGGAUAAACUACUUGCAAUUGAUAACAUUCGACUGGACAACUGCUCCAUGGAAGAUGCAGUUCAGAUCCUCCAACAGUGUGAAGACCUGGUGAAGCUCAAAAUCCGCAAAGAUGAAGAUAAUUCAGAUGAGCAAGAAAGUUCCGGAGCAAUUAUUUAUACAGUGGAGCUUAAGCGCUAUGGGGGCCCCCUCGGCAUCACGAUUUCAGGAACUGAAGAGCCGUUUGAUCCUAUAAUCAUUUCAAGCCUCACUAAAGGGGGAUUAGCUGAAAGAACUGGUGCCAUCCACAUAGGAGACCGAAUCUUAGCCAUCAACAGCAGCAGCUUGAAAGGGAAGCCUCUGAGUGAAGCCAUUCAUUUGCUGCAGAUGGCAGGAGAGACUGUCACCUUGAAAAUUAAGAAACAGACAGAUGCCCAGUCAGCAUCAAGUCCCAAGAAAUUCCCUGUUCCCAGCCACUUGAGUGACCUGGGGGAUGUGGAGGAAGACCCUUCUCUUGCACAGAAGCCAGGCAAGCUCACCGACAUGUACCCCUCUGCUGUGCCCAGCGUAGACAGUGCUGUGGACUCAUGGGAUGGCUCUGGAAUAGACACCAGCUAUGGGAGUCAAGGCACUGGCUUUCAGGCCUCGGGCUACAACUUCAACACCUAUGACUGGAGGAGUCCUAAGCAGAGAGGCAGCUUGUCGCCAGUCGCUAAGCCUCGAAGCCAGACUUACCCAGAUGUGGGGCUGAGUAAUGAAGACUGGGACCGGUCCACAGUCAGCGGUUUUGUAGGGGCUACUGAUGGGACGGAUGCCGAGCAAGAAGAGAACUUCUGGUCCCAAGCACUGGAGGAUUUGGAGACCUGUGGACAAUCAGGAAUUCUGAGAGAACUCGAGAGUUGUAGCUAUAUCUACAUUUGCUCCUAUACUUGGCUGUCAUUCAAAGAUCUUGUUAGUGGUGUGUGUAGAGCUGAAGACCAGGCAACAAUUAUGUCGGGGAGCACGAUGAGUUUGAAUCAUGAGGCCCCAACACCUCGCAGUCAGCUGGGGCGACAGGCCAGCUUCCAGGAACGGGGCAGCUCUCGGCCACACUACAGUCAGACAACUCGGAGCAACACCCUGCCCUCGGAUGUGGGCAGGAAGUCCGUCACCCUGAGAAAAAUGAAACAAGAAAUAAAGGAGAUCAUGUCGCCAACACCUGUGGAGCUGCACAAGGUGACCUUGUACAAGGGCUCUGACAUGGAGGACUUCGGGUUCAGUGUGGCAGAUGGCUUGCUAGAAAAAGGAGUAUAUGUCAAAAAUAUUCGCCCGGCUGGCCCAGGAGAUCUUGGUGGCUUAAAGCCCUAUGACAGACUCCUGCAGGUGAAUCACGUCCGAACAAGAGACUUUGACUGCUGCCUUGUCGUGCCCCUCAUAGCAGAAUCUGGUAAUAAGCUGGACCUGGUUAUCAGUAGAAACCCACUUGCUUCACAGAAGUCUAUAGAACAGACUCUACCCGGAGAAUGGAGUGAACAGAACAGUGCUUUUUAUCAACAGCCUAGCCAUGGUGGUAAUUUGGAGAUACGAGAACCAACUAACACAUUAUAGCAACGCUUUUUAUAAAGCAGGACAAAAGACAAUAUCUAUACAUGGUGCUAAAAAAAUCCCUUUAAGAUUUCUGUGACAUUUGAAGCACAGAUAAUCACGCGGCAUUAACUGCAAGCACAGGGGUCUUUUAAAUCUCACUCACGGCUCAUGUUCACUUCCCUUUUCAAGAUGAAGAGGUUUCUUUCUUGGUAACCACUCCGGUAGAGGGCAGGCAAGUCCCUGCCAAGCCCAAUGGUAGAGAAAAAGUAAACUAGGUAGGCCACCUCUUCCCACAGUUACCAUCAGAGGACAUUUUUUACAAGUUAAUCUUCCUAUCAUUUUUUAAAAAGAGAAACGUAUGUUUGAAAAUAUUCUCUAUGAUCAUUUCCUUAAUUCACUUUGAAAUCAGUUUCUUACUCUGAAGUCAUGAGCGUAAGAACUGGAUCAAGAAGGCUUUUCAUAAAGCUGGCUCUCCUAGGGGAAAUAGAGUUUGGUGAAGCGCUGGGGCUGCUGCUAUGGGAGGGGGAAGGUAUAAAAUUAAGUUACUUAAAAUGUUUCAGCAACGAUGCAAGUAGGAGACCAUAAUAGGUGGUGGUAAAUGUUUUGCCCAAGUAUAGGAAUGAUUUUAACUAAGAUGUAUGCUAUUCCCUAUGCAACAAAUUAUCAAACAGGAUAUGUCUUGUGACCUGUUUUUUUUUUUUUUUAGGACACAUUUUUAAUAGCUGAAAAUCUCUGAUAAUUAGAGUGGUUAGUAACACUGAGAAUUAGUUAUUUUUAAAAUUCAAGACUAAGAAUUUAAGAGAGAAUGAAGAGUCUAUUAAAUGAGGUUUAUCUUAAUGGUAGGCAAAUCAAACUCAUACUGCUUGACUGUUUUGAAAACUGGUUAUAUUGAGGGGUGUACAGCACAUGUACUUAUAAAAAUGACACUGGACUAUCUUUUGUUCUGAGCCAUGCCUCUUAGUGAAAUUGUAAAUACAUUUUCCACAAAAUGCAUUGCCAAUUAUUACCAUCCCUCAAAGCAAUAAAUUGUGACAGUUGCUUUUAAUGUUUGUCAGCAACUGUUUCCAUUUGUUCAGAUAUUUUGAAUAGUUAACACAAUAAUUGUUAUUUGGUGAAUAUAAAAAAAAUAGAUCUGUAUAUUGAUUGUAGAAUUCCAUACUGAAAUGGUUCUUUUCCAAACAUUUUCAUUUUGGUCAAUAACUAAAACAGCUGCUUAGGUAAAGCAUUUGAACACUGUGUCCUUUGUUCAAGGAAAAAGCUCACCUUUGUUUUUGUGCAAAAAAAUAUGUUAUUUCAAUCAUAUUUCAGAACCACCAGGGCAAGAAAGUAUAAAGCAGAAUCAUGUUAAGAAAAAAAAAAGAUCAUGAGUCACUUAAAUAUGUAUUUUUAUUUGUAACAAACAAGUAUUAAACUGUAAAGUAUUUUUGUACAAAUUUAAUACUUUAAUAGCAUGGUAUUUAUCGUCUAUGUAUGGUUUUGGGGAAUUCAAAAUUGUUGCAAAUAUUUGUAUGGAAAAAAAAACCCUCUACCAAAUGGAAUAAACAGUGAUUUUAAAGGCCAAAAAAAGAGGUGCA